UAUACGAAAGAACACUUCCUCAAACAUACAUAUGUAAAAGUUAACUCAAAUGUAUCCUAGACCUAAAUGUUAGAGCUCAAACUACAAAACUCUUAGAAAGCUCUCUUUUCCUGUCUGGCUGCUUGAAGCUCAGCUGCCAUCAUGAAUGACACAGUAACUCUCUAGACCAGGAAGUUCAUAACCAACUGACUACUUCAGUGGAAACAAGUGGUCAUUGAUGUUCUUCACCCUGGAAAGGCAGCAGCACCUAAGACAUAUUUGGGGGAAAAACUAGCCAAGAUGUACAAGACCACACCAGAUGCCAUCUUUGUAUUUGGAUUCACAACCCAUUUUGGGGGUGGCAAGACAACUGGCUUUGGCAUGAUUUAUGAUUCCUCGGAUGAUGCAAAGAAAAAUGAACCCAAACAUAGACUUGCAAGACAUGGCCUGUGUGAGAAGAAACAGACCUCAAGAAAACAGCAAAAGGAACACAAGAACAGGAUGAAGAAAGUCAGGGGGACUGCAGAAGACAGGGUUGAUUCCGGGAACAAGUGA